UUUUCUCUGUUGGAAAUGCGCAGGCGAAACGCAAUAUGCGGUCAUUCAAAAGCUUGCCGGCAACGCACUUAAAUUGAACGCUACUAAUCGAUCUGUCAUGUAAUGUUUUAGCAGUUGUCUUUUACGAAGCAUUUGAACGAACUCAGGUAUACAGGAAAUAUCAUUCCGCUGAGUGCACCGAAGAAAUUUGGUAAUGUUAGAAGAAUGCUCUUAAAUUGUCAGAGGAACGUCAAAACAAAAGUGAGGUAACACGCCCUGUGAGGUAAUGGAAGGCUUUAUAUCAGUCUGGGGGCGACAGGAAAACUGCAGUUUUUCUGGACAAGCUUAAAGGUGAACAAGCAAAAGCGAGAAGAGCUCUCUCAGUCAAAUGGAGUUUAGAAUGCUAUUUCUAUCUAUUACCGUGUUUGUUAUAACAACAAGACUAUCAUGCGUAAGUUCAAGAAUAAAACUGCGUGGAAGCGGCUUGCAACCGAGGAGAUACAAAGUACCAACGUAUUUCAAUCCAAGAGGAAGCUGCGACGGAAAUGCAGCUCCCACUCACAAGAGACUAGCUCGACUCUGGAGUAAACUGAGAUUUCAUCUGGCGGUUUUGUCAAAUGGAACACUGCAAGGGGUGAAUGACACUUAUUGUCAGCUGACAAACAGAUGUCUGUUUGAGCUUCAGUCUUGUGGAACUAGCCUAAUAAGAAUAAAGCAUGUAGAAUCAGGAUUGUAUGUGGCUAUCAAUAAAGCUGGAAAAGUUUAUACUACCACGAAAAGUCACAAAUUGGAUACAAUGUUCGUCCAGGAACUCCUUCCCAAUGACUUUUUUGUAUUUUGGUCUGAAAGAACUUACAGAAAAACGAAAAGGCUGAUGUAUUUAGCGCUGAAGAAAAAUGGCGCCACAAAAAACGCUUUAAAGACUUCAUCAAAGCACAAAUCAGUACACUUUAUGGUUAUGCAUUGUUCAAGACAUCGUAACCAACGGGCGACGCCAAAUUGCUGACGUAACCUACAAGAAACAGCGGGUGUGGACUGGUAUCAAGCGAGCCUCGACUCCUAACAAUGUCAAACCAUAACGUCAUCUUCCUUAGCAAAUCUCGAGCCAGGUCUCCAUAUUUCCGCACAAGUGGAAAAUCGACUUAGGAACGAGAAGGUUCGCUACAGGAGAUUCAAUUUAAAUAUGCAAAAGAACAUAGUGUACAAUUGUACCAUAUAUUUAUUGAACCAUUCUUGACAUUUUUCAGUGCAACACAAUGCGUUAAAAUACUAGCCAGUUUUUUACAUUAGUACACAAAAUGCUUGUCGCAUAUUUACACGAAAUAACAAGAUAAACUAUUUAUUUGUUUUAAAGAUUUUAAAAUCUAAGAUUUAGAAUGUAUUCAAAAUAGUUUUAAUACCUAGUGAAGGGAAAAUCCUUCUUAAUCGCAACUGAAUCUGCUAUAGGCAAUUUCUAUCAAAUCUUGCGCAUGAGGGCUGCUAACAUUAAUCCCACAAAUCUCAGACUUACGUUCCAGAACAGGAGCGCGAAAUUAAUUACCUUAAAAUUCUUAAUCUUCCAGAUCUGAUUGGCGACUGUCACUACCAGCAGCUCAAUAUUUCUUGUGAAUUAGUUAGGAGAAUUUGGAGUUUCAUCCAAGUGAUAAUUUUGUCGGCUCUCAUCUGCUGCAAGAAGUUGCAUGUAAUCAUACAAACUAGUUGAUGUUGGCUCUUCAAUCAGUCUUUUACAUCCCGAAAAGUUUGUAUUGUCCAUGGCAAAAUUAGGGGGAAAAAAUUGUGGAAUGAGACCGCGACAAACGCACGAAUCUUUCGCGACGUAGUUUACACGUUUUUACUCCGUGUUUAUAACACAACGGCGUUCUCAGGCUUGUGCGCGCGCCGUUGUCCUACAAUUUAUCAUAAAAAAUAUCUCAAAACAUUCUUCACUUCUCCCAUACUGCAUUAUCGUAAUGCCAUUUUCCCGGGAGAAGUUUUAUGUGAGCCUAUGACAUAAUUUUCGCAAAAUAAUAUUCCUAGAGCACCUAUUCCAGCUUUUUUUAAAACCCUUUCACUCCCAAGAUCUUAUUAGUAAUUCUCCUAACUGUCUGCCAAACAAUUCUCAUAUUAGUUGGGAGAUUUUGGUAUUAGAUUGAGUAGUAAUCCCCUAAUUGAUAUGUCUCUUUGUUCUCAUUACCUGUCUGCUUGAUGUUGUAUUGAUCACGUAAGGAGAAAUUCUAUCUUGGUAACUGAUGGGAAUUAAAGGGUUAAACUGCAGUAAAGGCAGGGCUACUCAACUCUAGAUCACCUCGAGUUAUAAAAUUUUCAAGUCACACUGACAGGUAAAUAAAAAUAAUGCCUCUUAAGUACUUUUACAUGCGUAACUAACCAAUGAUAAAUAAAAUUUGA